AUCUCGAGAAUGUUGUUGACGAAGAAGAAGAAGCAGUUAACUUAGAGGAGGACGAGAUGGAUGAUUUCAUUGUGAGCGAAGAGGAAUAUGAUGAGCAUGGAUCUCUUCCAAGGUAUCACCAUUGUUCAUGGUGUAAAAGAUGUUAACGAGCUCUUAAUUCUUCGAAAGGAAGGGCCUGCUGAAAGACCCAGAUCAAAAUAAAAGUAUUUUGGUGAAGAAAAAGGAACACAUAAUCUGAAGUGGCAUAAGGGUAACUAGCAUGUCAAUAUUUUUCACAGAUUGUGAUGAAGAUGCACUGUACUCAGAGCUAUGGCAUGCUUAUGCCGGUCCAUUAGUUACUCUUCCUCGUGAAGGUGACCUAGUUUUCUAUUUUCCUCAAGGUCAUAUUGACAGGUUGAAGCGUCUACGAAUCAAGUAGUUGAUCAGCAGAUGCCGAUUUAUGAUCUUCCAGCGAAGAUCCUUUUUCGCGUAAUCAAUGUACAAUUGAAGGCUAAGGCAGAUACUGAUGAGGUAUUUGCACAAGUGACUUUGUUGCCACAGGGAAAUCAAGAUGAAAAUUUGAUGGAGAAGGAAAAUGUUCCGCAGUCCUCUCCCCGUCCUCUUGUGCAUUCAUUUUGUCAACCUAGAAGGCAUCUGCUCCAAAGUGGUUGGAGUGUCUUUGUUAGCUCCAAAACGCUUGUUGUUGGGGAUGCAUUUAUAUUUCUAAGAGGUGAAAAUGGGGAACUUCGUGUCGGCGUAUGCCGUGCAAAGCGACAACAGGGUAACAUUCUGUCUUCAUUCAUUUCUAGCCACAGCAUGCACCUUGGUGUUCUUGCAACCGCAUGGCAUGCUGUCUCGACAGAAACCAUGUUCACUGUCUAUUACAAACCUAGGACAAGCCCGGAAGAGUUUAUUGUUCCAUAUGGUCAAUAUAUGGAGUCCGUGAAGAACAGCCACUCGAUUGGAAUGAGGUUCAAAAUGAGAUUCGAAUGAGAAUAAUCUCAAGAGCAAAGGUUUAUCGUUUACAUGCACUAUUGUUGGAACUGGUGAUGCUGAUCCAAACAAGUGGAAUGGAUCAAAAUGGAGAUGCCUCAAGGAACUUGGAAAAGGAACAUGCUGCGGAAAGUGUACAAGCAGCUGAAAGCUUUGUGGUCCUCGAAGGCUACAAGUAGUUGGGAGGGAAUCUCAUAUUGAUAAAGUAUGGAUGAUUCCUUUGUAUAAUCGGGAGUUAGGAGGGAAUCUCAGCUGGAAAAUGGACUAUAACACUCCCUCCCUGCUCACCCGUAUGUUUCUCUACUGAGAUUUCUUUAUUUGGCUGUUACUUGUCAUUAUUUGAAAGCAAAACAAUUUAGGAGAUAACUCUAUGUUUGCUGUUAGUUACAUCCUUUCUCAUUCCUUAUAAACUGAA